AUGCGGAAGGGCCGCCGGAGCCGCUCCCGGGCGCCCCGCGGCGGUCGGGAGGACCUCUCGGAGCUGGCACUUGCGCAGUCGGCCUCCUCGGAGUCGCCCUGGGAGUGGGAGGCGGAGCGUGUGGAGCAGCUGCGCGAGCGAGCCUGGCGCUGGGGGCCGCGGGGGCCGGACUCGGGCGGGAAGGGCCGGAGCCGCCGCGAGCGGGAGCAGCGCAGCAACUGGGCCGUGCCCGCCGGCCACGAGCGCAAGAUUGCCACCAAGCUCCGCGCCAGCCUGGCCAAGAGGCGGCGCCGAGAGCAAAAGAGGGGAGCCGCAGCAGCAGGAGGGGGCCGAGCUCGGUUGGCAGCAGCAGUUGCAGCUGCUGGAAGGGGCGGCAGCGGCAGCGCGGAGGGGGCCGUAACCCCCAACCACAUUUUAUUGUGGCUGAGGGUGAUGGGAGUUGUAGUCCAGCAAAUUAAACCUCCUUUAUGGCAUGGGGUGGGAGGCAAGCUAGGCUACCUGACAGAAAGCAUAGAUACCUGAGGGGCUUGCCGGUUGUUGGGACUACAACUCCCAUCAUCCCCAGCUACAACAUAGGCCACUGGGAAUGGUGAAAGUCGUAGUCAAAGAAGAUCUGGGAGCUCCAGGUUGAGAGCCCUUCCCCUCUAAUCCUGGGCUUGUAGAAUGUCCCAGGGUUUUGUGUCUGGCAGCGUCUGCAGGUAGGACUGGGAGAGACCCCUGCCUAGAACUCUGCUGCUGCUGCCAGUCAGGGUUGGCAAUCCUGAGCUGGGUGGCCUGAGGGCUUGACUCAGUGGGCAGCUCCCUGUGGGUUUUUUCUGUGGUUCCCCUUAGACACGGGUCUGCCUCCGAGGUCCCAGAGAGCAGACAGUGCUGAGCACUAGGUGGGCUUGAAAACUAAGGGUGGGUUUUGCUUCU